UGUAUAAGCUAAAGUUAACGUGCAUUGACCUGAUAAACUCUACUUCUUUGCUUGCAAAUGGAUCUUCCACGCAGUUUCUUUCCACAGUUGCAUUUGCUAUUAAAUUUCAUAAUCUUCAUUCAUCUUCAACUCAAUUCUCCUCUUCUUUACACCUCUCAUACCUCCUUUCAACUUUCUCACUCACACCACCAUGAACGUUACUCAAUCAUUUAGCAGUGGAAUUGUGCAAGCACCCUUUGUCACAAGCUCUCGUCUUCUUCUAAAAACAUGGGGUGUUAUCUCCUCACGUGAUGAAGAUAUGGUUCCCCACGUGGGGAACGGAUUGUUCUGGAAAGUUCGGGAGGAAUCGGAUUUGACGAUUGUGGUGUUUGAGGUCAGGAAUGAUUUUGAUCCUCAGCAGAAAUUGGUUUCUUCUUCUUAUCUCAAGGAGAACAAUAACUUCCACCGCUUAGAGUUUCUAUGUACCAAGAAAAUUCCAGAGUUCUCUCUUAAUGGGUCUGCAGUUUCGCUAGUCAUUGACAAUCUUGAGAAGCUUGAUGAGUUGAAGUCCAAGAUUAAUAGCUCCCAUCCAUUGAUUGUUACUGGACAUGGUGUUGGAGGAGCAAUAGCUUCACUCUUUACUGUGUUGCUGUUAGAUAGCAUUGGUUCAGGGAAGAAACGGCCUCUCUGCAUCACCUUUGGUUCUCCUCUUGUUGGUGACAAAAGGUUGCAACAAGCCAUAUCACGAAGUUCUACAUGGAGUUCUUGCUUUCUACAUGUUGUCUCUUGCAAAGACUCACUUCUCAAGAAGUUGAAUCCCCACCCAAGUGCUUACAUGCCUUUUGGGACAUUUAUCUUCUGUUCUGAUACAGGUUCUUCUUGUUUUGAGAACCCCGAGUCUGUUUUGGAGCUUCUUGUGAGCUCAAUCAAUGAUCAAAGUCAAGGUUUUGAGGUCCCAGAUUAUGGAAAACUUGUGCAAAAUCUCAAUCGUAAAGCAAUUUGCAGGGACUUUAACCUACAGGGGAUGAACUUGACACAUUCUACUUCACUGAAUGCAAGUAUCGGUUUGCAGUUGUGUGCAGCACUAGAUAUGCAGAAGCAACAACACCAGAACAUUGAUAUAACCGCUUUGGCAACAAAGUUGGAAGAACUGGAGAAUAAAUUCAUGUCCCAGAAGAAGGAGAAAUUUGAUCCAUCCAAGAAAUUGAAUAUAAUGAAGAUAGACAUGGCAAAUUUUGAAUUGUACAAGAAGCUUUGUAAAAGUCAAGGUAUUGGGUACUAUGACUGCUUCAAAAAGGAGGCCUCAACAGAUGACCAAGAUGUUAUUCCGUCGCAGAAAAGGCUCAGAAACUACUGGAGUGACAUGGUUGAAGAAGCAGAGAUGAAACCUCAGACAGAAGCUGCAGCCUUUCGUACUCGCUGGCUUUUUGCUGGAACUAACUACAGGAGAAUGGUUGAGCCUCUAUACAUCGCUGAAUACUAUGCAAAAGGUCUUUGUAAAGACUAUGAGGCUAAAGGAAGGUCUAGACAUUAUGCAGUGUUGGAGAAGUGGCUGGAAGAAGAUAAGAAACAAAAAGCUGAUUCAAACGGCAACACCAGAAAGAAUGUGGAAUCGAUUUUAACCUUUGAUUCUUGCUUUUGGGCAAAGCUUGAAGAGGCUCUCCUUUUGUGUGGACAGUUGGAGAAUUUGAAAGAGAAUAAAGAGGUAGAAGGGAAGUUGCUUGAAUUUGAGAAGUAUGUUUAUGAAUCACUGAAAAGGUAUGAAGUGUCACCAGAGAUUUUCUUGAAGGGAAGCAGUUACAUGAGUUGGUGGAAUAAGUAUAAAGGGUCUGCAGGUAAUCAUAGACUAGCAAGCUUCAUGAACAAUCCUCAGCAUUUUGAUCAGUAUACUGAGGGAACCUAUUUCUUCCCCUGAAGUGCAGUGAAUUCAAGUGUGGUUGUACAAUAAAUUAUGAUUUAGUAGGGUUCUUGUGUUUGUUAUAUUGGAAAAACUCUUGCAAUUGAGUUUCCCUUGUAAACUUCCACUGUCAUUGUUCUUGAAAAUUUGAGUGUUGUGGAAGCAUGAGGCUACUACUUAGUUAGUGAUGAUGUAACUUUGAGAUCAUUUGGUUAACUUUGAGGCCUGUCAUGUGAUCAUUAUCCUAUAUAUAAACUUUGUAGCUAAUGGAUGUGUGAAACUGUUUAUGACAGCAACAAAAUUAUUACA